AUGCUCAGGUGGAUAACACUUCGCGUUCUCUUCCCUUAUCUGCGCGCAUCCCGCAGGCCAUGUAUGGGUGCAUCAGUCGCGAACGGUGGAUCGAGGCAGAGGGAGCGCGGCAAGCGACUCUGCUUCGGGAGGCCGGCGAGGAAGCUGAGUUCGGGAAUGCAGUUAUGCAUUACGCAUGGGCAAAAGGGACGCUUUUCGAACUACGCGCCGUGGGAGACGUCCAGUGUAGCAGUCGUUCAAGCCCUCGUUAAGCCGCUGCUCAAACAGAAGGGCUUCGAAAGGUCCGACCACGUUAUAGGUAGCGUCGAGGGUGGAGGCGACCUUUGA